AUGUUCAACCUUAUCAAAUCUGGAAUUGCGACGAGACAAAUGUGCCUACAGUUCUGCCCCCCACCCGAAGUAAUUGUCGUUAAAGGACUAAAGCAGGUACUGCAAACAGUUUCAGCUGAGAACGGAAUCAACGUCACAAUGCUCACUUUCGUUAAUGCAGUUGGUGCCACAAUCCCACCAGUCUUCGUUUUUCCAUGUGAAUGUUAUCAAUGGAACGCUGGAGUUUUUCAUGUCGAAUCAGAUUCCAAUGAAGAUUAUAAUAUUGGUCUAUCUGUCAAGUUCAUGGACGACGAUCAACUGAUAUCAAAUUUUGGUGAAACUGCACAUCCUCAUCGUAUUGAAACCAGAAAUUCAACAGAUAUGGAUAUUCCACGAGAAGUUUCUGAAGUGGACACUGCAAUUUCACAUUCUAAAGCGUGUUCAAAUGACAUAAACUUUGAAGAAUUAAAAGAAACACGUUCCGUCCGUUUCCAAGAGUUGAAUAAAACCAAGAAACCAUUCGGCAAACGCAACAAAGUGUUUAAUCUGUCGGGACCAACGGAGCUGGUAGAAAUCGGCUCUUGGCAUGCUCAAGAUCCGAAGUUUGAGUCUUACAGAGUUUCGUUCACUGUGGAAUCAACGGACGGACAAAGUGAGUUCAAAAUCUCUGAUGCGUAUUCUGUGCCACGUCUUAACCUCAGCAAGAGGCCAAUCCAGUUGGACAAGGUGAUAGAGAAGUGGCCGCAUUUGGCCGUCGUGCCGUUGUCUUGUGUUAGUCCCGGAGAAGUCAAGCUCCUAAUUGGUAUGGACCAUAGUGACCCGCAUGAAGUGCUGGAAUACAGAAAAUAUCCGUUUCGUCAAAAUGCACCGAAGGCGAUUCUCACCGCGUUCGGCUGGGCCAUUCAAGGUAACAUUGGCCCAGCGGUGAACGAAAACCAAGGCCUGAGGUGUUGUGUCGUGUCGAUGAAAGCGCCCCAAGACGAUCUGCUCGGUGUAGUGAACCAGUUUCUACUGCAUGAGUCGUAUGGCGCCGUUCCGGAAGCAAAACCAGCCGUCGGGAAGGAUGUCUUACAUUCGCGGAAGCUGAUUCAAGAAACCACCCGCUACGAUGCUGAGCACAGGCGUUACGAGACAGGAGUGCUGUGGGCCAGAGAUGACGUCGUGUUGCCCAAUAAUUAUCAAGGCACUCUUGAGCGUUUCAAACGGACCCAAAAGAGACUUGACAGCAACGCGAAUUUGGCCAGCGUCGUGCACAAAGAAAUGGAGCAGAACUUCAACUUAGGCUUUGCGGAAAAACUAUCGGAAGAGCAGCUGAAGGCAUUGCCGAAAGGGCGAGUUUGGUUUCUUCCGUGGCCUCCAGUGGCUCAUCCUCAUAAGCCGGGAAAAUGGAGAGUGAUGUUUGACGCAGCGGCCGAGUUCCAUGGAAUGUCACUCAACGACCGGUUGCUGAAGGGAGAGGUGCCCCAUGUCAAUCUCAUCGACGUGCUGCUUCGUCUCCGUGAGUUCGCGGUCGCCAUUUGCGGUGAUAUCACGAAGAUGUUCCAUCAAGUGCGGGUCCGUAAAGAGGAUGCCUUCAUCUACCUCUUUUUAUACGCGCCCAAAGGUGAAUCGGUGCCAGUGGCGUGUCGCAUGAAAGUGCAUAUUUUUGGGUCUGUUUGUUCACCCGCCGUUUGUGCUUAUGUUCUGCACCGUGCGGCUGUUGAAGACGCCGACGCCGAAGAUGCUCCGUUUGCUGUCCAAGAAGUGGAAAUCCAAUUCUACGUAGACAACUGGAUCACCUCAUUCCAUACGAAAGAAGAAGCCAUCACGGGAGCUGCAAAAUUGACGAGAGCGUUGGCAAAAGGAGGUUUUGAAUUGGCGCAGAGGGGCUCUUCAAGUCGUUUUGUGCUGGCGGCACUGCCCGGCCAAAGCAUUUUGGCUCUUAAUGUGGACCUGGAUGGAUUACCUACGGAAAGAACGUUGGGAAUGUCGCUGGACUUUGCAGCCGACUGCUUUGUGUUGAAAGCGACGGGAAAUGUGAGCCGAAGCACGCAUCGUGAAAUUUUACGCGCCACGGCCACUAAUUUCGACCCUUUGGGCUUUCCUGCCCCGGUUUUGAUCACCGCCAAGAUGAUCCUGCAUAAGGUCUGCAAAGCAAAGCUCGGCUGGGACGAUCUGCUGGACCAGGAGCUGUCCGAAGAAUGGCAACAAUGGGCCGGCUCCCUCACAGCUGUGAACGAUCUACAAAUUCCUCGAUGGUCUUGCCCAUUUCCUCAUCAUGAAGACGCAACGGACCUGAUUUUGUUUUCCGAUGCAUCAGAAAGAGCAUUUUGCGCCGUUGGCGACCUACGUUUUGAACUGCCGGACGGAAAGUCGAGGAGUUCCAGCAUCCGAAUUAACAGCCGAUCAUCGUUUCUUCACCGGACCGGCAUUUUUAUUGGAUCAGCCGACUAUGUGGCCCGCUUUUCCCGAUUUACAAGCCCCACUUGGCUCCGCCCGGAUCCAAAAGUGAAGGAGGCGCCGCCUGCUUUCGCCGUUACCACCAAAGUAUCCGCGUGUGGUAUCGAAACGCUUUUGCCGUCGCUUAUUCCAUGGAGCCGAGUAACGAGGACAGUGGCGCUAGUUCUUCGUUGGCCAGCUAAAUUCAAGGAGCGUAAGCGGCACUGUGAAGGCAAGCCAGAGCCGGAAGUUAUCACUGUCUUACCAUCCCCCCGCAAUAAGAAAUUCACCAUAAAAAAGUACGUCGCCGUGGCCAGAGAAGUUGAAAUGGAGGAGCCGUCGCCGGAAGAGCUGGCCACGGUGGUUAGCCGUCUCGUCGGUAAGGCGCAGAGAACGGCUUACGCCCUGGAGCUAAAGGCCCUAAACCGUAAGGUUGCUUUAGAUGUUGCUUCUCCGCUUGCCAAGGUCAUUCCUUUUUUAGACCAGGGGCUGUUGCGCGUCGGAGGAAGAAUUGUAAAUGCUCCAGUCCCAUUUGACGUCCGCCACCCGAUCGUGCUGCCACCGAAGGCCAUCGUCACCGAAAGAAUUGUUCGAGCCAUUCACAUCAAGGGUAAAGGACACACUUCAUCACGGAGGACGCUGUUGGAGCUGCAGCGUGAAUAUUGGAUUCCUGCACGACGCCGCCUUAUUCGGCGCUUAGUUGACCGCUGCACCCUCUGUCGGCGUUUCGCAGCAAAAGCCGGAUUGCCGCUUAUGGCCGCGCUUCCGUCUGCCCGCCUUCAAGUUUUUCAACCUCCAUUUGCCUGCAUCGGUAUCGAAUACUUCGGACCAAUUGAGGUGACACUCUUCCGACGCGUCGUCAAGAGAUGGGGAUGUUUAUUCACCUGCCUCACCAAUCACGCUAUUCAUGUUGAGAUGGCCUACGGGUUAGACGCCGACGCCUUUAUUUGCGCCUGCGAAAACUUCCGAGUAGCACGAGGCACCCUAAAGAUCAUCUAUGCCAACAACGGUAAGAACUUUGUAGGCGGCAAAAACGAGUUAGCAGAGGCGCUGGAGCGCCUUAAUCAGUCUCAAAUUUACAACCAUUUAGCACUGGAAGGUGUAGAGUGGCGUUUUAAUCCACCAGCCGCUCCGUAUUUUGGUGGAAGCUGGGAGCGACUCGUCGAAUCGGCAAAGCGGGCGUUGGAGCGUGUGCUGCACCUACAAUCAUUCACGGACCGGACGUUAUCAUCAGAGCUAAAGCAGGUGGAGCACCUUAUCAACAGCCGCCCGCUCACUUACGUCAGCGUCGACCCUUCCGACCCGGAGCCGCUUACGCCGUAUCAUCUGUUACUCGGUCGCGCAAAUCCAAGCAUCCAGUCUGACGUCUUUUCUACAGCGGAUCUCUCGUGCCGGAAGCGUUGGAGAAUCGCCCAUGUCAUCGCUGACCAAUUUUGGAGACGCUGGAUGGCCGAGUACAUGCCGGACUUGAUAGAAAGGCGCAAGUGGCUAAGAAAGGAGCGCAACUUGCGCAUAGGUGACAUCGUCCUAGUCAUUGACUAA